AGUUCUCUAACACAUCCUAAUCCGUAAGGUACCAAUAUAUAGAAUUAAGGAAGUUUUGUGUAGGAAAAUUUUCGUAGAAAUGAAGUUGUGCAGUUUCAAAAUUGUCAUAUUCUGUAUCUUUUUCUUUCAUGGCUACCAUCAGUCCCUUGCUUUGAAACACUACCGUUUUGAGCUAAAGGAAGCAAAAUACAGACGAUUGUGUAGCACAAAGAAGAUUUUAACGGUGAAUGGGCAAUUUCCGGGGCCAACUAUACGUGUUCACAGAGGGGAUACAUUUAUCGUCGAUGUCAUUAACAGAGGCAAUUACAAUGUCACCAUCCACUGGCAUGGAGCACCAAUGACUCGAAAUCCAUGGAAUGAUGGGCCAGAAUAUAUAACACAAUGCCCAAUUCCACCAGGAGGUAAGUUUAGGCAGAAAAUAAUACUUGCACACGAAGAAGGCACUCUCUGGUGGCAUGCUCAUAGCAAUUGGACCAGAGCUACUGUAAAUGGCGCCUUUCUCAUCUAUCCUAGGCCCGGAUCUACCUAUCCUUUCCCUAAACCUCAUGCUGAAGUCCCCAUCAUCAUAGGAGAAUGGUGGAAGGUCGAUAUAGAGGUGCUUUACCAUGCAUUUCUAGGGACAGGAGGCGACCCCAACGUUUCUGAUUCUUUCUUGAUUAAUGGUCAGCCUGGUGACCUAUAUCCGUGCUCCAAACAAGAUACAUUUAGGCUGAAGGUCGUUCAAGGAAAAACUUACCUACUUCGAAUAAUCAAUUCGGUGAUGCAAAAUAUGAUGUUUUUUGGAGUAGCAAAUCAUGAACUUACAGUUGUUGGGUCAGAUGGAAGCUAUACAAAGCCAUUCACAAGCAAUUACAUUACUAUAUCUCCUGGGCAAACAAUAGAUGUCCUUCUUAAGGCCAACAACCUUCCUAACCAUUACUACAUGGCUGCUAGAGUUUACGAACGCACACCAAGCAUACCUAUUGAUAACACUACAACUACUGGAAUUAUCCAAUAUUAUGGUGAUUAUACUCCUAAUUCACCUCCUCUAUUGCCAAUCCUCCCUGCAACCAACGAUUUAAAUGCGUCUGUAAACUUUACCAACUCGCUUAGGAGUUUAGCGAGUAAAGAUCACCCUGUCGAAGUCCCCUUACAAAUUAGUAGGAGACUUUUCUAUACAUUGUCAAUUAACACCUUCCCGUGCGAGGUUGGAAAUUCAUGCGAGGGGCCUAAUAAUACUCGUCUUUCUGCGAGUGUCAACAAUAUAUCUUUUGUUAAUCCUACCAUUGACAUACUUGAGGGUUAUUACCACAUGAUUAAUGGUCAAUUUACGACCAACUUUCCAGAUAAACCACCCUUGAACUUCAAUUAUACGGCACCUAUUUUGCCAUUAGAGUUCCAAUUGCCAGAGCGAGGGACAAAGGUGAAAGUACUGGAUUAUAAUGCAACCGUGGAGCUUGUUUUUCAAGGGACUAAUGUGGUUGCUGGAACUGAUCAUCCAAUGCACAUUCAUGGCUAUAAUUUCUAUGUCGUUGGAUCAGGGUUCGGAAAUUUUGACAAAGAUAAAGACCCUUUGAAUUAUAAUCUGCUUGAUCCUCCUUAUCAAAAUACAAUUGCUAUUCCUUAUAAUGGUUGGACGGCUAUAAGAUUUACAGCUAAUAAUCCAGGAGUUUGGUUUGUGCAUUGUCACUUGGAUCGUCACUCUACAUGGGGAAUGAACAUGGUAUUUAUAGUAAAAAAUGGUAAAACGCGGGAAUCAAGAAUGUUACCUCCUCCACCAGACAUGCCACGUUGUUGAAAGACUAGACCGUUUUGGGUUUAAAUUACUAGCAACUAAGCGUGUAAACCAUAA